AUGGCCGCCUCGGAUGGUGCUGGUGGUACACGCCGGUCCCUACGGAGUAAGGCUCCGGCACAGGCAAAAGUGGUGGAAGCAGCAAACGCGCUUGCCGCAUCAGACUUCUUCGCAAAGUACGACAACGACAAGCCAACAACCCCAUCAGCUUCUCUACUAGACAGCUUCUCAGACCUGCAGCUGCAGAGAUGUCAAGCCGAUGCCUCGCAUCUCCCGCCGCCACUGUUCGAACAAUGUUUGAAACUGAUCGAACAGACCAGCGCAGAAGACUACCAGAACUCUGAGGUCAAGUGGUCGCUGCCAAAAAAGAGGAAAGAGAUGAGACUGCCUGACAUGAGAUAUAUUGUCCUGGUGGAAAGCAAGACCUCGCGCCUUGCCGGCUUCAUCUCCUUUAUGAUCACCUACGAGGAUGGCUUCGAGGUUGUGUACAUCUACGAAAUCCAUUUCGCCCCUGAGUGGCAGGGCCAAGGGCUGGGGAAGAAGCUUAUGCAAAUCGUCGAGGCGAUUGGCCAGAACGUCGGUGUGACCAAAGCCAUGUUGACCGUCUUCAAGACGAAUACUCGAGCUGUCAAUUGGUACUACAGGCUGGGUUACCGAGAAGAUGAGUUUUCUCCCGGUCCACGAAGACUACGGAAUGGCACAAUUAAAGAACCAAGUCACAUCAUCCUCUCGAAAAGAUUGAACGACUGA